CACAGGGGAGGGCAGCACAUACACUUCUAACUGGUGUGUUUAACAUUAACACAGAAAUGAUAAUCUGACUCCUAUGUUGAGAGCAGACACACAGACACACACACACACACACACAGCUGAUGUCUUUUUCUUCUUCACCUCUUUCAUUGACCUGCUCAGCGUUUUCAGCACAUAUUACAGUGUGUUCUGUGAUCUACACCAUCAGUUCAUCAGCUUAACGUGGUGGAGAAACAAGCAGAAACAUGGAGGUGAACAUGAAGCUGCUGAAUUGGAUUUAUGGUGGUUUUUCCCCUCUUCCCCCACUACACUGGAGACCUCAUGGAUCUUUGUUAUAGCCCAAUCAAUGUCGGCUUUCAGCAGUUCUACAGGAUGCAGGAGAAGGAGGUGGAAGCUGGAGACGGUUGCUCUGCUCAUCAUGGCCACUCUGUGUGUGUUUGUAAUACUGCUAAAGGACACGCAGAACAAGAAACCACAAAACACAACAAGAAAGUUACAUUUCAAAUAUGAGCUUCGGACAUCACCAGACCUGUUCACGAGUUUCAUCUACAAAUGUGAUCGAAACUGGUCUGCGUCCAACAUCACCGGGUUUUCCAGUUUGCCUAAGCAUAUCCAAGAUUUCCUGUUUUACAGCCACUGUCGGAAUUUCCCGAUGCUGCUCAAUGUUCCUGGUAAGUGCGGUGGUCCAGAGAACUCCACUGAUGUUUUCCUUCUGCUGGCCAUUAAAAGUUCUCCAGCCAACUACGAGCGGCGGGAGGUUCUGCGAAAAACAUGGGCAUCUGAGAGACUUUAUAGCGGCGUGCGGAUCCAGACCGUGUUCUUAUCCGGAACCUCAGGAACCGGUUUCCAAAAGGAAAGACUGAAUAAACUCCUGGAGCUGGAGAACCGUGAGUACCAGGACAUUCUUCAGUGGGACUUUGAAGAUUCCUUUUUCAACCUCACACUGAAGCAGAUCUUAUUCCUGGAGUGGAUGGAGAGGUUUUGUCCUGAUGUGCACUUUCUCCUCAAUGGAGAUGAUGACAUUUUUGCCAACACAGACAACAUGGUCCAGUUUCUCAAAGGGUUAGAUGAUAACGAUGGAAGCAAACACCUGUUUAUCGGCCACUUGAUCCAAUACGUGGGGCCGAUCCGGGAACCAUCCAGUAAAUACUACAUCCCGGUCCAAGUCCAUGAAUCGGACAGGUAUCCUCCCUACUGCGGCGGAGGUGGCUUUCUGUUGUCACGUUUCACUGCCAGAACCAUCUACAACAUGUCUCAUUCCAUCACCCUGCUCCCCAUCGAUGAUGUUUACAUGGGAAUGUGUCUGGAAAAGGCUGGACUGAAGCCCACGUCCCAUAUGGGAGUGAGGACAGCUGGUUUGCACAUUCCCUCAGAAAAGCUGGACAGGUACAGUCCAUGCUUCUACCGUGAGGUUCUCCUGGUCCACAGGUUCCUCCCACACCAGAUUUUUUUCAUGUGGCAUGAAAUUCAUCGGGAGGAUUUGGUUUGUGGAAGGAGAUUAAUUAGUGAACCAAUGGAGUUUGUCAGGUCCUAAGAAUGCUCUGAGAACGCAUCUUCAGUUUAUCUUCAGAAAUCAAACACACAUCUUUAUAGGUUUACUUCAGACAAAAAUACAAAUUAGUACUAUUAUAAGAACAGACGCAGAAGUUGUGCAGUAGUGUUAGAAACCACAUGAGGUACUGCAGCUCACAAAAACAUAGUGUCUUGCAAAAGUAUUCAUCCCCCUUGGUGUUUGUCCGGUUUUGUCACAUUACAAGCUGCAAUUAAAAUGGACUUUGGGGGGAUUAGCACAUCGCCGUCGCCAGACCCAUUUUACUGAGGCAUGUGCUCCAGUAUAUAUCUGCUGUGCCCCAGUAAAAUUUCCUAGAGCUUUAUGUCUGGCACCGCCCCGGGUUGGCACCAUUUGAUUUGCACAACAUGCCGACCACUUUAAAGGUGAAAAUUGUUGUUUUAUUGUUGUGACACAAACAAUAAUUAAGAUGAAAAAGCUCCACGGAGGGUCAUUUAAUUUUUCAUUUUGAUCAGAACUUGUCAUAAAGAUAUUUCACUUCAGCAAUAAUGAGUUCAUGAACUCUGCUAACAGUAGAUUGGGCCUGAAGGAAUAACACACUACGAACCGUGCCUUUAUAGGAGAAUGGAUUAUUUUCCCAUUAAACAGCACGUGUUUUUUACUCCGAUACCACGACCGAGUUGUUAUUUAUGAAACAAAUGUUUUUAUCUAUUUAUAGUUAAGUUAAAAACUGUGGAACGCUGGCUAAACAAGUGAGCUCCUGUUGUUACUUAUGCGACAGCAGCAAUAAACAGUCGUUCCUUCACCAGCCUUGCUUUAUUCUCUCUCCUGAAGUUAAUAAGAUUAAAACCCACAGCUUGUCACGUCACAGAGGAACCAGGAAGAAGCAGAAACUCUGGAGAGGGAUGACUUUGUGAUGUAUAUUUAACAAAAAAGUUGUUUUUUUUCCCCAGAUGAGAGUAACGCUUUUCUCUCUGUUAGCGCUCACUAAUUUCAGGAUAUUAUAUUUAAAUGAAUGAAUGGGACCUAAAUACAACCCUGUUUUCCAAAACAGUUGGGACACUGUGUAAACUGCAAAUAAAAAUGCAUGAUCCACAAAUUCUGUGCAGUUUUACAUUGAGGAACGUUAUUCUUAAAUUGUUGCACUGUUUGUCUACGCAGUCUUUCACAGAGCGGUGAACCCCGCCCCAUCUUUACUUCUGAGAGACUCCGCCUCUCUGGGAGGCUCUUUUUAUACCCAAUCAUCUUACUGACCUGUUGACAAUUAACCUAAUUAGUUUUGUUUUUUGUCUUUUUUUGCAUUACACAACUUUUCCAGUCUUUUGUUGUCCCUGUCCCAACUUUUCUGAAACAUGUUGCUGCCAUCAAACUCAAAAUGAGCCUAUAUUUUUCCAAAAACAAUAAAAUCUCUCAGUUUCAA